GAGAAGUGUGUGUGGUCGAAUAUAGAGCGACGAGUACGACACCGCGAGUAGGAGACAUCUGUGUGGAUUUUGAACUGUGUUUUGUGUCGCUCGUUCGAAAGGUGCGUCACUUGGUCGUUUCUAACCUACAAACGUCGAGAUGGCCGAGUCGGAACAAGAUUUUGGCGAUCGCAGCGAUAAUGACACUCUGAAGCCGGACAAGUUAUUUAUCCUGAAGAAAUGGAACGCCGUGGCCAUGUGGAGCUGGGACGUGGAGUGUGACACCUGCGCAAUUUGUCGAGUUCAAGUAAUGGACGCGUGUCUUCGGUGCCAAGCGGAGAGCAAGAAGGACUUCUACGGUCGACAGCAGGACUGUGUGGUCGUCUGGGGGGAGUGCAACCAUUCGUUUCACUAUUGCUGCAUGUCCCUUUGGGUGAAACAGAACAAUCGUUGCCCAUUGUGCCAACAAGAGUGGUCCAUUCAACGAAUGGGAAAAUAACCGAACCUCCUGCCCACCCAUCCUCUCCCACACGGUUCAUUUUUAUCCUCCACGUUCGGAUCCUAUACUCGGAAUUCUUACAAGUUUCGAUACAGCGGUGUCGUAGCUUCGUUCAUCCCUAUAGAUAAAUGAACCGAAACGCAAAAGUGCGUAUUUUCGAUAUUACCAUUAAAAGGAAAUUUAUUCGCAGCUCAAUCGACCCUUUAUUCCGACCUAUAGUCCAGGACAAAGUGUUGGGACAUUUGAAACACAGCGAAUCCUGGCUGGGACUCGCGAAAAUUCUCUAAAAGUCGCGUAGUUAUACCCACCACGUCCUAGAAUCGGUGGAAACAGUUAAUAUCUAUUACGAGAAGUAUAGCACAGUAGUUAUUUCAUUGAACGCGAUCAACAAUAGAAACUUGAAAAUUUUGUUCCAAUAGUCGUCGAGUUAGGUCUGGCUUGGGUCUGGUAAAGUGCUCAGUUUUCGUUGGAGUGACAGAAAGGAAAGUGAAGUAAUUCCAAUAGAGAUAAUGCUAAGACAUUGAUACGGUUUGUAUCGUGUUAAUAUUUACUGAUACUCUCCUUUCCAUCGCGAGGCAUCUUUUAAUCAUUUGAGAGUUAUCUUAUACGAUCUUUUAAUGCCUCUUUAUCUAUUUCAUCUGUUAGGAACUGAUCGGUAGCAGGAUCUGUGUCCAGACAGUUUCAAUUAGGAUUGACACCGUUAAAUAGUGGUAAUUUUAACGUCUCUUCCGAAACAGUCCAACACUGACGCGCCGUCGUCUGCUGGUGUAAUUAUUUCAAUUAACGCUAAACAACAAAAUCAUUUCAUGCGUUUUUUUUAUCAUUUUGACCGGGCGAAUUCAGGUUUACGUUUCCUACAGUUUACAUUUUUUUUUUUAUACAUUUGGAAUAUACCAUACACGAAUGAUGUUUAGCGUACAUAUUUUGUUGAUCAUGUACAAUAUAUAAAGUGCGGAAAAUGUGCAUUCUCUUCUUCCACUUUUACAAAACAUUUGAUUAUACGGUGCCCGGUCAUUUUGUCCUGAACUGUAUCCGAUCAGCUGAAUUAUCACUUCAACAUUUCGCGUAAAUGAAAACUUUCCAGUCGUGAAAGGGAUCCCGUGAUCAAAGGAGGGGAUAUCCGUUACGAAAGCGAUUAAUUAGAUAAUUAUUGGAAUUUUUUUUAACGAUAACUUGACGGAAUUCAAAUGAGAAUUUCUCGCAAACAUGUUUGUUCACCUUUAAAUGUACCGUCCGAAUUUCGUUGACAUAUAAAUAUUUGACACGUCAUUUCAAGUUGUAAGGCACCAGUUGUCCAAUUGAAGAUGUUUUUAUUUUACUAUCGACAGCUUUAUUGCUAUGUCACAAAUAGGAAACUAACGAAACAAACAAAGUAUUAAAGUAUAUCAGCAAGGUUAUCGCUCCCGCCCGGAUAAAUAAUCAAAAUUGUAAUUUAACGAAAUCUCAGCAGCUUAAAAUAGAAGUCUCGAUAUUAUCGC